ACUUGAUACGCUCAGACUGCCCCAUCCCGCCAGUGGGCAGCUUUAUCUUCACGGCGGAAGUCCUCGACGAAGGACGGCCAAGGUAAGUUGAGCUUCCAGUUCACUACCGGUCCACCCGCUAGCAACAUGAGCCAUUGUCAUUCGACACCUCAUAUGUCUCGUUCACCACCACUAAACCUUUUUAGCGCCAUUGGUUUCGGGGUUGGUACAAAGUUCGCCAGCAAGGAUAUGAUGCCAGGGUGGGAGAGCCAUUCGUGGGGCUACCACGGAGAUGAUGGCAAAAAGUUCCACGGAGGCCAGGGGACGUCAUACUCCUCAACCUUUGGAAAGGGCGACACGGUCAAGUGUCGCGUUGACCAAUCCGCAAGGACCAUGUUCUUUACCAAGAACGGCGUUGAUCUUGGCGAGGCUUUGAACGAUCUCAGGGGGCGUCUGUAUCCGGUCUUGGGCAUCAUGAGUCACGGAGCAAAGGUAGCUACCAAUUUUACGUGGGAGCCCCCGGCUCUGCCGGCACAGGACAAGGGAGACAAGCACGACAGCGGUAUCACGAGCCUGCCUCCUCGCCAGUGGCGGCGAGGAAGUCGAGAACAUUUUCGUCACGCGAACCGGAAAUAGUCUCGACGGUAACACGAUAGCAAGGCAAUAAUAUAAAAUACAUGGAGUAGAAGUCUUCAAGAUACGAAAAGCUGAUCG